AUGGACUUCCUUCCAGAAAACGUCCAAACCCUUCUCCAACACCCAUCAGUCACCUACAUCGCAACCUCCACACAACAGCACCUAACAACACACCUCUCGCACAUCCGCACCGCCUACGUACAACCAUACCUCAUCCAACCACUCUCCUCCCUACUCGCCUCCACCGCGUCUUCCUCAUCCGCCAUGCCCGAUCUCCUCUCCAUCCUCCUCCUCGCCAUCAUCCUCGUCAUCUCCCUCAAGGUCCUCGACUAUGCGCGUCGCGUGAUCAUGUUCUGGGUCUCGCUAGCUUUCCGACUGGUGUUCUGGGGCUCCAUCCUAGGCAUCGCGUGGUAUGUGUAUCGCGUUGGGGUGGAAGAUGCGGGACGCAAUCUGGGCUGGUUUUGGGGGGUUGUUGAGGGAUUCGUGGAGGAUUUCCAGGCUAGGAGCAGUGCUGCUACAAGUGGCGGUGGUGGGAGUGCUGGGGUUGGAUCCGGAUGGGGCGCUGCGAAGAAGGGGAAGAGCGGCGGGUAUACUCGGCCAUGGUGA